AUGAAGAAAGAUGAAUUCAUCAACAAAGCUUAUUGGUGUAGUAUGGAAGAUGAUCCUUUCGUUAUCUUCGCACAUGGAGGUGAUGAAGCAAUAGCUUUCCAGAAAGAUAACACAAUAAGCACAAUUCCAUACGACGAUAGAGCCGAGUUGAAUUGGAGAGAGUUAGGCAUAUUCCGGGACACUAAAAAAGAAAAGCGUUUCCAACAAAAGCUUGAAGAAAUGAAGAGAUUAGAGAGGUGGGAAGAGAGAGAGACAGGAGUUCAAAAGAAAAGAACUGCAAUGGAGAUGACCAAAGCCUUCAUAGAAUUUAUCAUAACUGACAGAAGAUUGAGAUUUCAGGGAAACCGUUGCUCUCUUGAUAUCCUAGAUGCUUAUGUUGUUAGGUCCUCAGAUGAAGAACAAUUAAAUAAAUGCGAAAAAAGUCAACAACGGCUAAACAGAAGGCUUAAGCGGGCAAAUGAAGCGAAAAAAGAUGUCUCAGCUGCUUCUAAAGCCGUAGAAGAUAUGAAAGUCUCCAUUGACUCCCUUAUCGAAAAAAUACAUAAAGACGAUGCCGAAAUUGAGAAACACAAGGAAAAGUAUAGAAAAGAUAAAAGGGAACGAGAAAAGGCCAGGAAGGAACAAGAAAAACAAAUGAUGGCAAAUGAACAAAACAAAGCCAGGGAGAGAAAGGAAGCAGAAGAAAUAAGCAAAGCCGAAGAUAAGGAGGCAAGACUUUUAUGGAACAGCCUCUUGACGCCGGCCGCCCUGAGGUACAAAGGAAACCCGAAGCCAAGUUAUGACAAAUAG